CACAGACGCCUCGCCGUGACCGCCUCGGUGACGUCACGCCCGCGCAAGGACCCUUUCCGCCAUCGCUCCCGCACUCGAACGGAGGCUUCCCAUCGCCGCUCCGAGGUAUCGAGAGAAAUACAGCGCCGCGAUGUCUGGCAGGUUGUGGUGCAAGGCCAUCUUCACGGGCUACAAACGUGGCCUGCGAAACCAGCAUGAGCACACCGCACUGCUCAAGAUCGAGGGCGUGUACACACGCGGCGAGACGGGCUUCUACCUCGGCAAGCGCUGCGCCUACGUCUACAAGGCGCGCAAGAACACGCUGACGCCGGGAGGAAAGCCCAACAAGACGCGCGUCAUCUGGGGCAAGGUGAUGCGUUCCCACGGCAACAGCGGCGUGGUGCGCGCCAAGUUCCGCAAGAACCUGCCCGGCAAGGCCAUGGGGCACCGCAUCAGAGUGAUGCUGUACCCAUCACGAAUCUAAUUGUAUGCGUUGCAAAGUUUAAAUAAAUAACAACUGUUGGGCUC